AUGGGGCGGUGCGCUGUGGCGGCGGCGCUGCUGUUUGCGGCGGCGGCGGGGGCGGCGCUGUACGUCUUGAGCUCGGCGUGGCAGCGCGGCGGGGUCGAGCGGCGGACCGCCCCCAGGCCCCCGCCGAAGAAGAUCCUCUUCUGGAACCGCUUCUUCCGCGCCGGGAUGUGGGGGUUCGGCGCCGGCAGGCGCGGGUUCGCGCGCGCCGGCUGCCCCGUCGACCACUGCCUCGUCGCCGAGCGGACCGCGGGGUCUCCGGCGGGAGCCCGCGGGUUCGACGCCGUCGUCUUGCACGGCUGGGACCUGCGGGUUGACUCCCGGGACCUGGAGGAACUCCGCGCGAGCCGCAAUCCGCGCCAGAGGUACGUCUUCUACCUCAUGGAGCCGCCGGGCGUGUACCGCACCCGGCUCAAGGACUUCCCCGGGUUCUUCAACUGGACGAUGACGUACCGGCGCGACUCGGACGUGCACCGGCCCUACGGGAUCUUCCUGCCGAGGAACGGGAGCCUGGGGCGCGCGGACAACACGACCCUGGCUCCGGCGAAGAAGGGGCUCGUGGCGUGGUUCGUGUCCAAGUGCAAGACCGCCAGCAGGCGCGAGGACUACGUGCAGGAGCUACGCAAGCACGUGCGAGUGGACGUGUACGGCAAGUGCGGGAACUUGAAGUGCCGCGGCCGCAUGUCGGAGGAGUGCUACCGCAUGCUGGACCGCCGGUACAAGUUCUACCUGUCGUUCGAGAACUCGCUGUGCCGCGACUACGCGACGGAGAAGCUCUUCGCCGUGAUGCGGCACGACGUGGUGCCCGUCGUGUACGGCGGCGCCGACUACCGGGAGGUCGCCCCUCCGGGGUCGUACGUCGACACAAACGACUUCGCGAACCCCGAGCGUCUGGCGGAGCACCUCAAGUACCUGGACGCCAACCCGCGCGAGUACGCCAAGUACCUGAGCUGGAAGCGCUCGUACCGGGUCGACAGGGCGCCGAUGUCGCGCGCCAUGUGCCAGCUGUGCGCGAUGCUCAACGACCCUUCGCUGCCGCCGAAGAGCUACCCCAGCAUCCACGAGUGGUACAGUGGCGCGGGUGUGUGCCGCAAUGCCCCUUCACGCUGA